AUAUAGCAGAGGAACCCAAUUACACGCGAAGGGAAAAGGGAAAGGUCCUCUACUUUCCUGAUUUUCUUAACUAACUUUCUUUCUUUCUGGGAUCAAAUUAAGGAAAUAAUGGCGAAUCCGGCGACCACGUUUCAUCUACCGGCGCAGACGACAUACGCUCCGUUGGCGAAUCCGGUGGCGGUGGUUAGCCCCCAAUUCAUCGCUCCCUAUCCCGUGGAUCUGACAAUCACGAAGAAGCUGAUGACCUUGGCGGAAGGUUCGUUCUCGGUUACGGACGUUAACGGCACCGUGAUGUUCAAGGUGAAAGGGUCGGUGUUCAGCCUUCAUGAUCGUCGUGUUCUUCUUGACUCCGCUGAGAAACCCAUCAUUUCUUUCCAACAGAAGCUGUUUUCAGCGCAUAGAAAAUGGUAUGCGUAUAGAGGGGAGAGCACAGAUUCGAAAGAUCUGCUAUUCACGGUGAAGAAAUCGUCGAUUUUACAACUGAGGACACAACUGGAUGUAAUAUUAGCCUCGAACAGCUCGGAAAGCAGCUGCGAUUUUAAGAUAAAAGGAAGCUGGUUGGAGAGAUCUUGCACCAUUUCACUUGGGGACGGCUCCACCAUAAUCGCUCAGAUGCACAGGCAGCACAAUUUGCAGAGCGUUAUGUUCGACAAAGACACGUUCGGAGUGACUGUUUAUCCCAACGUGGAUUUUGCCUUCAUCGUUGCGUUGGUGGUCAUUCUCUUCGAGAUCAACGAGGACAGAAGCGGCAACGAUUAGAUCAUUAUAAAACAAACCCCCUUUAAUUAUUUCCCAUAUUAGCUAGCUAUUAGUAUUAAUUGUUCAAUAACAAUAGUUAUAGCAUGCCCUCUAUUUCUACCUUUUGGAAAAUACAAUUUCCACCGACGCAUAGCUUUCAUCCCCUUCCAUGCUUUCGUCUUUCUGUACUUUAAAAGGUUUGUAAUAAUAAACAAUAUUAUAUUAAAAGAAGGUCCACAUCGGUCUAUCCGGUUGUACUUGUAUCUUCA